UAAAGAUGUCGAGGGGCUCUCAGAAGUUUCUUAGAGUCGGCUCUCGAGGACUGUCUUACAGUGUGGAAACAGACAAGUAAUUUAGGAUGGACAGUCUGCAUUUGCGGCGGAGAAAAUGUGGAGCUACAUCGUCGAACCAAACCAGCCUCCUGCCAUUCCUUCACCUGUCCGGAGACCUAACCUCUCGCCAUGAACAUCAGUAGGAACUGCACCGCGGCGGGGAAUGGUGAGGGUCUGGCUGCCCUGGAGUCAGUCUCCAUCGUGACCAUCACUCUCCUCGCCUGCCUGGGGAACCUCUUGAUCGUGGUGACCCUUUAUCGCAGGCCUUAUCUGCUCACGCCCAGCAACAAGUUUGUGUUCAGCCUAACACUAUCCAACCUGCUGCUGUCCAUGCUGGUGCUGCCAUUCGUGGCUGUGAGCUCAGCAAAGAGAGAGUGGGUGUUUGGAGUGGUGUGGUGCAACUUCACCGCCCUGCUCUAUCUGCUCAUCAGCUCUGCAAGCAUGCUGACACUUGGAGCUAUCGCCAUUGACAGAUACUACGCAGUGCUUUACCCGAUGAUCUACCCCAUGAAGAUCACGGGGAACCGGGCGGUCGUCGUCAUCGCCUACGUGUGGUUGCACUCCCUGGUGGGCUGCCUGCCUCCUCUGUUCGGCUGGUCUUCCUUUGAAUUUGACUGUUUCAAGUGGACCUGUGUUGCCUCUUGGCACAAGGAGCCGGGCUACACGGCCUUCUGGGUCACCUGGUGCAUGCUCCCCCCCCUCAUCAUCAUGCUGGCCUGUUACGGCGUCAUUUUCCGCGUUGCUCGCAUGAAAGCCCGGAAAGUACACUGCGGGACUGUUGUGGCCCAGGACGACUCCACUGGAGUGCAGAGGAAUGGACGCAAGAACUCGAGCACCUCCACUUCCUCUAAUGGAAGCCGGCGGAGUCUCGUGUACGCAGGGAGUCAGUGCAAGGCCUUCGUCACCAUCUUAGUGGUGAUAGGGACUUUCCUCAUGACCUGGGGGCCGUACGUCGGGGUGGUGUCUACGGAGGCCUUGUGGGGACAGGGGAGUGUUUCUCCAGGGCUGGAGACUCUGGUGGCGUGGCUGUCCUUCUGCAGCGCUGUGUGUCACCCGCUGAUCUACGGCCUGUGGAAUAAGACGGUGAGGAAGGAGCUGCUGGGGAUGUGCUUCGGAGAUCGUUACUACAGAGAAUCAUUCGCCACACGACAAAGGACGUCCCGCCUCUUCAGCAUCUCCAACAGAAUCACAGAUUUGGGUAUGUCGCCUCACCUGACAGCCAUGCUGGCCGGUGGAGGUCAUCUGCUGGCCCCCGGGAGCAGCACAGGAGAUACCGGCUUCAGUUUCACUCAGGACUCAUGCACAGACGUGAUGCUGCUGGAUAACUUCUCCACAGACGGCUCCUCCCAUCCACACAACCACGGGAAUCCGUCCGGGAAGAGGAGGAGCUCAGUCACAUUUGAAGACCAGGUGGAGCAUUCCAAAGCUGAAAACACCAACACGUCCUCGGUCCAAGUCCACGCAGAGGUGCACAAAUCUCUCGACACCUUCGCCUCCUGCCUGGCGAAGGCCAUCGAGAGCGACGCCAAGCUCACCCUGUUUGGAGACGGGUUGGCUCUGCCAGGGGGACUGUUCACAACCAGAACAGCACCGAGACCCAGGUACCUGGACGGGCAGAGACUGAGGCUAGAGAGUAUCGAUGAAGGGAUCGUCAAAGAUGACAGAGAUGAAGAAGAGCAGGACAUGGAGGAAAAACCGUCCUGGACUCAGCCGGCACGCUUGUGAUCUCAAUUUAUUUGUAGACUGCGAGGGCUUCACUCUGGUGAACCUGUGAACACUUUUCUAUGAACUGUGACCACACACCCCCACUCUGUGGUGCAGUUAACGAAGUCUGAUCUUGACACUUGGGUACUCCAUACUUGAAAUAAUUAGGAAACAGGAAGGUGCGUUUUAUUCAUUCCACUGCAUUGGACCAAGUGCACGACAUCAGUGUCUUUUCAAGCUUCUGUUUGAAAUGUUGCAUUAUAUAGGAAGCCUUAACUACUGUAACCCACAUGGUCUGAUAUUCUAGUAACUUGUUUACAAUUAUAUUUUAUUUUAAUUGUAUGUUUCCACAAUUUUCAAGGUGUGCCUUAUUAUGGCAGGGCGGUAUGAAAACAA